AUGGCAGUAGUCUCUGUGAUCAACAAUCAGUUCAGGAUGUCUAUACUGGAGCGUCUGGAGCAGAUGGAGCGACGGAUGGCCGAUAUGAGCUCCGGUCAGCACCAGCCGCCAGCCAGACCUCCCAGCGGCCCCCGUGGAGGGGACAGUCAGGUGUCAGCCACAGACUCGUUUGAAGUCAGGCUGGUCGCGGUAUGCGAAAAGAUGAUGUCGCAGGCCUGCUGGGUGACAUCAGACCUUCUGGCGCACGAGAUGAGUUUCCGAGGGAUGACCCUGCUCCACUUGGCUGCAGCUCAGGGCUAUGCCCGUCUUAUCGAGACCCUGAUACAGUGGAGGAGCAUCCACUCUCAAAGCUUAGCUGUGGAGCUGGAGGUGGACCCUCUGAAUGUCGACCACUUCUCCUGCACACCCCUGAUGUGGGCUUGUGCUCUAGGACACACGGAGGCCGCCACGCUCCUCUUCCGCUGGGACUGCCGAGCUCUCUCCAUACCGGACUCUCUGGGUAGACUUCCCCUAGGAGUUGCGCGGUCGCGAGGACACGUCAAGCUGGCGUCUACCCUAGAGGAGAUGCAGAGGCAGGAGGUAGCGUUGGGAAACGUGACAGACUUACAGCAGUCGGGUUGGCAUUCACUCAUGGGGCACCAAGAGAUCAGCCGGGGACUCUCUCCUCUAUCCACCAGCGCCGAUACAGGUCUCAGCAGCCUCCCGUCCCCAUCAGAGGCAUCAGACGGUUCUGUCUCUGUGACCUCCGCCUAUUCCAGUAGCUCAGCCCUACGCGGUUCACCCGACUGCAGCCCGGAGAGCAGCCAAGACACCCCCGUAGAGACCCCUCCCAAUUCCAGAAUAAUGGGAGCCGCCUCCUGGGAAAUCGAGGACCCGGUAGAACAAGUGCGCUACAACAUGGGCUCUCCUGAAGUAGAUGAAGCCGAUCUCCUUGAAUACCAGGAGGACACUGAGAACCACGACUACCUGCAGGUUGAUAUGGUUACCCUCGCAGAACAGAUCAUAGAAGCCACACCAGAUCGCAUCAAGCAGGACGACUUUACCGCGUCAGACUCUGCGCCCCUCAGAGAGAGAUCGGGGAACCUCAGUAAGACGAUGGCGUGGUUGGCCAGCUACCUGGACACGGCGGACCAGAUGCCAGGGCUACCCCCACACGGUGAGGGAAUGCGUGCAGCUCGUGCUUUGGCUCGCUUUGCUCAGAUGAGCCCAGGAGAUGAUGGGAGUCCUUCUGAGAUCGGAGGAUAUGGGCAGCGCUUCAAGCGGGUGAAUAGGAGAUCUAUGGAGGGGUUACGAGUCAAGGUGACCAGGUCCGAGGCACCGCCGUCCCCGGCCUCUCCGCCUCCUCUGGGUGAAAUCUCCUUCGAGAGGUUUGACCCUCCAGGUGCCGCCCGCUGGUCAGAGUUUCUCAGUGCCUCAAGUAGUGGACGCAUGGAAAGUGAGUUUGCCCUCCUGACCCUCUCGGACCACGAGCAGCGUGAACUGUAUGAGGCGGCUCGAGUCAUCCAGACCGCCUUCCGCAAAUACAAGGGACGACGACUAAAGGAACAGCAGGACUUGGCGGCUGCUGUCAUUCAGCGCUGCUACCGGAAAUACAAGCAGCUGACAUGGAUUGCGCUAAAGUAUGCACUGUACAAGAAGAUGACACAGGCGGCCAUCCUGAUCCAGUCCAAGUUCCGUAGUUACUACGAGCAGAAGCGUUUCCAGCAGAGCCGGCGGGCAGCUGUGCUUAUUCAGCAAUGUUACCGCAGCUACAGAGAGGGUUCCCGUGCGGGCCCAGCUCUGCAACAUCGCAUCAAGGGGUCCUUUCUCACCAAGAAGCAAGACCAGGCCGCCCGCAAGAUCAUGCGCUUUCUCCGCCGUUGUCGUCACAGGAUGAAGGAGAUGAAGCAGGCGCAGGAUCUGGACUGUUUACAGAAGAGGGGGCUGACCAAUUAACCCCUCGUUCCUCCCGAUGGAUCUGCCUGGAGCCUGUGCACCACCCACGCACGUGUGUGUGUAAAUAGUCAUGUGUGACGGACGUGUGUGGUAUCACUCAUACCUCUUAAUGAGCUGCCCCCCCCUGUGCGAGGUGCAGCGCCCCCCCGCCUGUGUAUAUCCGCAGGGUACACGGGCUGAUGUACAUAGGAUAACCUGUACAAACAUGUUUAUAUAUAUACAUAUAUUUCUGCACGUUCUUUCCCAGUAUAUGACCCACCAACCUGCCCGUAUGUACACGUGUGCUCGCUGGUGUGUGUAUAUACAUCUAUAUAAUGUGACUGGUCGUGUGGGGGGGGUGGGGGGAUGGGGGGGAGGAGGUCGGUUACCAUUGCAUGUGGGUGUAAGUAUUGGUGUGCAUCCAUGGCUAUGUGCGUGUGUGUAUAUAUCCGUAUAUAAAUAUAUACAUAUAUAUAUAUAGGGCUGUGUGUAUAUACAUAUAUAUAUAUCUGUACAUUUGUGGCGAGGGUCACGUGAGCAUCACACUCAGGCAGCUGAAUUAUUUAUUUCACUGGUGUCAUUUCAUGCACUUUGAUACUCAUAUUAUAGUCAAGUAAUAUGGUUUUUUUUACGGUUAUUGCUGAAUAUUUUUCAUGUUUUUCUGUUAUUUUUAUGUCAUUGUGUUUUGUAAAGUUGUUUUUUUAUUUUUUUUUUUAAGUGUUUUUCAUUGUCCUGGGGGGGGGGGAGGA